AUGUCUUCAUUAAUUAAUGUUUCGGUUCUUGCAAUAUUUCUUUUGGCAUUUUUCAGUGCUACAUCAGAGCCAGAUUCUCCAAAAUUGCUCGACAAGGCUUGUGCUUGGGGUUCAACAGAUUGGAAUUCUUCGUUCUGUUUAGACGUUUUGAAAUCAAGUCCUCUAAUCAUAUCAGCAGAGGAUCUGCUGCAGCUAACACUAUCAAUCAUCGAGACAGGACUAAUAAACGCUACAAGAACACAAAUAUACAUUGGAGAAAAGCUUAAAGGAAAUAUUCAAGUUAUAGGACUCGAAUUGAAGUCAGGUCUUGGUCAAUGUCUCAACUUGUAUGGUCAGAUAAUAGGUUUGUACAAGAGUGCUUUGGUUCAUGUUGAAAAACAUAAGUUAUAUGAUGUAGCAAGUUUUGAAUUUUCAAUAGCUGCCAAUAAUGCUGAGUAUUGUCAAGGUUGGCUACUUCUUUCUGGGAUUCUUGAUGCUGAUAUUUCAAGUGGUAACAAAUUUAUUAAGUAUCUUAGUUUGACGGGAUAUACAGUUGUGAAUGAUCUUAUGAUCUCAGAUUGGCUUAUCAAAAAGUAG